UCAUAUCAAAUUGUUACUCCACAAAGAUCGUACGUCUAUUUUGUUAAAAUGUUUAAAAUAUUAAUAUUCUCUAUUCUUUUUUGUGUAUGUAGUGUGUACGGCUAUUUCACUUUACCUGGAAAAUGUCCUGAAAAUGUCCAGUUACAGGGAGAAUUUAGACUGGCUGAUUUCUACAACAAAUGGUACCAAGCAUACCACUACUCAAGCGAUGGCCAGCAACAGAACAACUGCUCGGUGAUACAACUGCAAACCAGACCUACUGGCAUCUACCUGAACCAGUCCAGGGUGGACCGAGGCCUCUUCCAUAGAUACAGCAUUGGAAAACUUGACAUACCGAUUGACAUAACUGAUAGCGCGAGACUGCAAGUAACAUUUAAUUUUGACGAUGCACCUAGAAGAUUGAUGCACAGGAAGUAUCCUUUCUACGUGUUAGCCACUAACUACAAUUACUAUGCCACUGUAUACACAUGCGAGUAUAGUCCACUGAUUGAUAAACAUUUCAUAUACGUAUGGAUAUUAUCAAGAAAUGAAUUGUUGAACGACGUUUCUAAGGAACUGGCUGUCAGAUCAUUGAGCCGCAUCGGUGUGGACGUCAACAAGUUGGUCAAAGACGAUUGGUCGAAAUGUUCUCCCAAAUACUAUGAAGACCGUCAAGCUGAGCCAAUGACAUUUAGGUACCCAGUACCUAUUCACUAAAAUUUUCUUAAUAAAGUACUUAUGCGCUUA